UCGACCCUCGAAUAUAACCUUGACAAUAGACGCGACCCAAACUCGAUACCUGAUCUCGACCUUGAUCUUGGAUUCUUGCUUUUUACUUUCUUAAAAAGAAGAUAUUUUUCUCUUUCCGAACCUUUUUAAUUUCAGCCCAUUUUAACAUAGAUUAAUUAACUUUUCACGAAACAUUCAGCCUAUUUUUAUCCUCUCAACGGUCCACCCGACCCAACCAUUUUCCCACCCAUAUAUAAUGAACAGAAUGGAACCACAAAUACAUUAUUGACAGAGGAAAAAUAAAGAUGUCGGGAGCAGCAACAGGAGAGGAAGACAAGAAGCCGGCCGGCGAUCAAUCUGGGCACAUCAAUCUCAAAGUCAAAAGCCAGGACGGGAAUGAAGUCUUCUUUAGGAUCAAAAGAAGCACCCAACUGAAGAAAUUGAUGAACGCUUAUUGUGACCGACAGUCUGUGGAUUUCAAUUCAAUUGCCUUCUUGUUUGAUGGUCGUCGUCUUAGAGCAGAACAGUCUCCAGAUGAGCUGGAGAUGGAAGACGGUGAUGAAAUUGAUGCAAUGCUGCAUCAAACUGGAGGCACAAUUCUCAAGUCUUCUUUUCUUCCGUUUCACUGGACUUAAAAGACUUUUGUGUGUUUCUAGAGGGUAUGGGGACUAGGUGAAAUGCUGGUUGUGCAACUUUAGGACCUGUAGGGGGUAAUGAAGAGGAUCGUGUUCGUUUGCUUUAUGUUGAACUUAAUCGCCAGUGUAACUUGACUUUCAUCGUUUGCUUUAUGUUGAACUUAAUCGCCAGUGUAACUUGACAUGAAAGUCAUUACUUGCAUUACCUUUUAGUUUUCUGACGACAUGAA